GACAGGGCCAGAGUUGCCUGCGUCCUGUUGGCCAGCCUGGGGGGCCUUUGGGGCUGCUGGGGGGGGAUCUCCUUGGAAGGGUGCUCUAGGACUCAACUCCCAAACCCUCCGAGAUUCAUCUGCUGAACUCUGACCUCUGGCCCCAGCUUGUGCCCUGGUGUGGGGUGGCGUGUAGAUGGCGCCCGGAGGGGUGUUAGGAUUUCUUUGGCCUGGGAAGCAGGUGGGGUGGGGGUGCCUCUGGGCUGGGAGGGAUGCGUGUCCACGCCUGGGUGUGAGCCGAGCGUGAAUCUGGGUCUGUCUGUUGACUGUGCUGCUGUGGGUCGGUGUUUUGUGUGCAUGUGUAAGUGUGUAAAUGUCUCCCAGGACUGUCGUGUGAGCAUGUGUCUGCUGUGAGUGAACAUCCUGGAGUCUGAAAAGGUGAAUCUUUGUGUGUCUGUGUGCUUGCUCCAGUAUGUGGCAGCCUCCCGAGUGUCUGUGUGUGUCUGUGGUCCUGUGUGUGUGUGUGUGAGGUGUGUAUCGGCCGGUGUGUGCAGGUGUGAUCUGUCGGUGUGGGAGUGUAGCAGCUUUCUGACUGCACCAUGGGAAUAGAAGAAGUUGUAUGAGUGUGUUUGGGCAUUUUUAGAGUGUGCACCUGUGUAUUUUUGAUUGUGCAGGUGUGUCUCUGUUAUAUGUGUGUGCCCCUGUGUGUCGGUGAGUGUGCAAAGUGUGUGUGUUAUACGUGCAUGUACCUGGUUGUCUGUUAGGGGGCACAUCGGUUUCUCUGUUGUAUCUGUGCAUCUGUGUGUGUGAACAUGCAAAGGCAAGUCUGUGUUUACGUGUGUUGUAUGCAAGUGUGUCCACCUUGAAGGUAUGCGUCCAUCUGUGUUGUGAGUCUGUUUGUGCUUCAGUGUUGGUCUCUGGGGAGUGGGGUUGUGUAUGUUCAAACAUGUAUGUUCAGGACACACAAGCCUGUGCUCCUGGCACAGGGCUGACCCUACUUCUGGGCCCCAUGGGAUUGAGGCUCAUGUGGCGUUACCUGUCUACACUGGGGUCCCUGGACACAAGUGUGUCCACAUCCCAGGCCCAGUGUCCAUGGAGGGUGGGGAGCACACAGAUCGUGCUGGUGUGUCCGUGGAAAUCCAGAUGUAGAGACUUGGGUUGUGGGCCCGUGUGGGUUUUGACAUGUCCACUCACGUUGGGCGUGGGCAAUGGUGUGAUGACAGGGACGGACACCUCUGGCCCUUCCCCAGCUCCUGGUGCUUGGACAUUGAACUCUUGGAUUCUGAAGGUACUGGCCCAGGCCCUGACUCCCUGAAGAGAGAUGAAGAAACCGAGAAUCAGAGAGGUUCAGACACUUGCCCGAGGUCACACAGUUAGUCUCACCCCCCACUCCUCCUGCCUUCCCCGCGCGCCAUGGCUCCGGGCCCCUUCUCCUCGGCGCUGCUCUCGCCGCCACCCGCUGCCCUGCCCUUCCUGCUGCUGCUCUGGGCGGGGGCGUCCCGUGGCCAGCCCUGCCCCGGCCGCUGCAUCUGCCAGAACGUGGCGCCCACGCUGACCAUGCUGUGCGCCAAGACGGGCCUGCUCUUCGUGCCGCCCGCCAUCGACCGGCGCGUGGUGGAGCUGCGGCUCACCGACAACUUCAUCGCGGCCGUCCGCCGCCGAGACUUCGCCAACAUGACCAGCCUGGUGCACCUCACCCUGUCCCGCAACACCAUCGGCCAGGUGGCGGCCGGCGCCUUUGCCGACCUCCGUGCCCUGCGCGCCCUGCACCUCGACAGCAACCGCCUGGCCGAGGUGCGCGGCGACCAGCUCCGCGGCCUGGGCAACCUCCGCCACCUGAUCCUCGGGAACAACCAGAUCCGCCGCGUGGAGUCGGCCGCCUUCGACGCCUUCCUGUCCACCGUGGAGGACCUGGACCUGUCCUACAACAACCUGGAGGCCCUGCCGUGGGAGGCGGUGGGCCAGAUGGUGAACCUGAACACCCUCACGCUGGACCACAACCUCAUCGACCACAUCGCCGAGGGGACCUUCGUGCAGCUUCACAAGCUGGUCCGCCUGGACAUGACCUCCAAUCGCCUGCAUAAACUGCCGCCCGACGGGCUCUUCCUGCGGUCCCAGGGCGCGGGGCCCAAGCCGCCCACGCCGCUGACCGUCAGCUUCGGCGGGAACCCGCUGCACUGCAACUGCGAGCUGCUCUGGCUGCGGCGCCUGACCCGCGAGGACGACCUGGAGACCUGCGCCACCCCCGAGCACCUCACCGACCGCUACUUCUGGUCCAUCCCCGAGGAGGAGUUCCUGUGCGAACCCCCGCUGAUCACGCGGCAGGCGGGGGGCCGGGCGCUGGUGGUGGAGGGCCAGGCCGUCAGCCUGCGGUGCCGAGCGGUGGGGGACCCCGAGCCGGUGGUGCACUGGGUGGCACCGGACGGGCGGCUGCUGGGGAACUCCAGCCGGACCCGGGUCCGGGGGGACGGGACGCUGGAUGUGACCAUCACCACCUUGCGGGACAGUGGCACCUUCACUUGCAUCGCCUCCAACGCCGCGGGGGAAGCGACGGCGCCGGUGGAGGUGUGUGUGGUACCUCUGCCGCUCAUGGCGCCCCCGCCGGCUGCCCCGCCGCCUCUCACGGAGCCUGGCUCCUCGGACAUCGCCACGCCAGGCCGCCCGGGUGCCAACGAUUCAGCGGCCGAGCGCCGGCUGGUGGCGGCCGAGCUCACCGCGAACUCGGUGCUCAUCCGCUGGCCGGCGCAGAGGCCGGUGCCCGGCAUCCGCAUGUACCAGGUCCAGUACAACAGCUCUGUGGAUGACUCCCUCGUCUACAGGAUGAUCCCGUCCACCAGCCAGACCUUCCUGGUGAACGACCUGGCCGCGGGCCGCGCCUACGACCUGUGCGUGCUGGCGGUCUACGACGACGGGGCCACCGCGCUGCCGGCCACGAGAGUCGUGGGCUGCGUGCAGUUCACCACGGCUGGGGAUCCGGCGCCCUGCCGCCCGCUGAGGGCCCACUUCUUGGGCGGCACCAUGAUCAUCGCCAUCGGAGGGGUCAUCGUCGCCUCGGUCCUCGUCUUCAUCGUUCUGCUCAUGAUCCGCUACAAGGUGUACGGCGACGGGGACGGCCGGCGCGCCAAGGGCGCCUCCCGGUCGCCGCCGCGGGUCAGCCACGUGUGCUCGCAGACCAACGGCGCGGGCGCGGCGCCGGCCCCCGGCCUGCCGGCGCAGGACCGCUACGACUCGCUGCGCGAGGUGGAGGCCCCGACGGCUUCCACCGUCGCCGUCGAGGCGAAAGCCGCGGCGGCCGAGGCGGCUUCCGCGGAGCCGGAGGCGGUCCUCGGACGCUCGCUGGGCGGCUCCGCCACCUCGCUGUGCCUGCUGCCAUCCGAGGACACUUCCGGGGAGGAGUCUCGGGCGGCCCUGGGCCCUCGCCGGAGCCGCUCCGGGGCCCUGGGGCCGCCGGCUUCGGCGCCCCCCACUCUGGCGCUGGUUCCGGGGGCGGCCCCGGCGCGGCCGAGGCCGCAGCAGCGCUAUUCGUUCGACGGGGACUACGGGGCGCUCUUCCAGAGCCACAGUUACCCGCGCCGCGCCCGGCGGACAAAGCGCCACCGGUCCACGCCGCACCUGGACGGGGCCGGAGGGGGCGCGGCCGGGGAGGAUGGAGACCUGGGGCUGAGCUCCGCCAGGGCGCGCCUGGCCUUCACCAGCACCGAGUGGAUGCUGGAGAGUACCGUGUGAGCGGCGGGCGGGCGCCGGGACGCCUGGGUGCCGCGGACAGACGCCCAGCCGCGCGGACGCCGGGGCGGGAUGCGGGACACGGCGCAGCGGAGGCUCCUGACUGCGGGAGUGACGCGCGCCUCUCCCGCGCCACCCUUUCCCCGGCAGGGGCGGGGCUGCCGCAGGCUGCGGCUGGGCCACGGCCCCGCGCCCAGGGGGUUGGGGCGGGUCGCCGGCCUCCCCUCCCCCACGGACUCCUCGCUCCCCUCCUGCCCCUCCCCCCGCGCGCUCGCGGACCUCGCUGGAGCCGGUGCCUUACACAGCGAAGCGCGGGGAGGGGCAGGGCCCCCCGACACUGCAGCACUGAGACACGAGCCCCCUCCCCCAGCCCGGCACCCGGGGCAGGGGCGAGGGGCCUAUUUCUUGUAUCUGGCUGGACUAGAUCCUAUUCUGUCCCGCGGCGGCCUCCAAAGCCCCUCCCCCGCCCCCACUAACAUCCCUGGUCCCGUCGGGUCUGGCUUGGGGUCCCCCUUUCUCUGUCCUCCUCGUCUGUCUCUGUUCUGCCCUCUGUCGUCUGUCUUGCGUCUCUGUUCUUCCUUAAUUGUCUCUCCUUUCUCUGUCCCGUCGUCUCUUGUCACUCUGCUGUCCCUUACUUUGUCCAGUCUCCCCCGUUUCUUCUCCCCACUAACCAUUCUCCCGGGCAGGUCCCACUGGAAGGACCAGACUCUCCUCUAUUCCUUCCUCGUACCCCAAAUAAAUCCCCACAUGAACAAAAAUCCAAAACCAAAUCCCCCUCCUUACGGGAGCUGGGACCCUCCGCCGCAGCAGAAUUAAACUUUUUCUGUGUCUGAGGCCCCGC